AUGAAAGUGAAGAACCUACGACUGGACGAUCUUACCAAGCCUGAGAUGGCCGUCUUUUUACAGAAAGAAUUUGAGAAAUUGCCAAAAGAAUUGUCUGCUGACUUGCCGAUCGAGCAAUUCAUAAAGAAACUUUUAGAAAAAGCACAAGGGGUCUUCCUCUGGCUUUAUCUUGCUUCGAAAAGUAUCACGCAUGGAAUUAUGAACGGCGAUGUUGGCGUAACCCUUUCCAAAAGACUCGACGAACUCCCAGAAGAGCUUGAGUCUCUUUAUCAGAAAAUGUGGGAGAGACUGAAUGGGGGCAAUCAAGUUUACCGACACACUGCAUCUCGAUACUUCCGCUUUGCCAUAGUCGAUGGUUGGGAUAUAGACCUAUGGACGAAAGAAGACAAAAUCUUCUUCGCCAUGAGUGAGCCCAAUUUAGUCCAACUAUCGCUGGCAGUAAAAGUCCAAGACGGGUUGAUCUUCCCACCUAAAGGAAGUGAGAUAAAACUGUCCGAUCUGGAUACCCUAUGUGCUGCUACAGAAUUAGAUAUUCAGAUCCGAUGCGCUGGUAUGCUACAAGUUGGUCGGCACUCUGAUCUUAAAGACGAUUUCCCCGAUGCGAUACGUCGACUUAUGCGACCAGUCCAAUUCAUUCACCGCACAGCUCACGACUUCCUGGUUGAUACAGAACAUGGUCAAUCGAUUUUGAAUCACAGGUCAAAUGAGCCAACAUUGGUGGACGAACACCUAAAACUGCUCAAAUGCCGACUCAGUCUGGCCAACACGUACUACCGCGAGCUCGAGGUUGAGUCUGAUGUUCGAGACAUUAUUGCUGAAUGUAAUCAACUGAAUGCAAAGAGAGCGAAUCCAGAAGCCAUAUUGACAAUACUUAGAAUAACCAAGGACCUUUAUGAAGAUGGUGCCCUGAGAAAGUUUUAUCUGGCUGAGGACAAUGCUCUAUCAUUUCCAUGUGUUAUGGCAUGUUAUCUUGACAGCUUCGACGAGUUCAUUAUUUCUUCUUUUAUGCCGACUCCCUCACCGGAGCUCGCUACCGAAAGCCUUCACGAGCUGGACGAUCUUAGGCAUGAUUGA